AUGGGAAACUUUAUCGGUUACCUGUUCACUGUACCUGAAGGCGGCGGCAAGCCCCAGAAUCUCUCCGAAUUAUUGCUCGAACAAGGCUUGGCCACUCUGCAUUUUACUGCGGAAAAGAGCCCACAUUACCACCAGUUGGCUGCGGCCGAACAGCGAGCCAAAGCUGCUAACCGAAAUAUAUGGCAGAACUACAAGGAAGAGGAAGUAGUUCCUGAUGAAGUAGUUGCUCAGCAAAACGAUGCUUCUGAAAGGAAGGUGAAUUACAAGAAAGUGGCAGUGACGGAUAUUACCAAGGUUCGAACUUAGAU